GUAAGGUUCUGAAAAUUGAAAUUUUAAAAAUGCCAAUUAAAGUAAUUAAACUACAGUGAAGAAAUAAGUGAAUAACUUAAAUAUGCUAACAAAAUACGCGUUAUACCUUACCUCAAUUUGUAGCAGUGACUUUAGUGCUAGUUUUUUUCUUUUCUUAGGAAUUUUUUUAUUAUCCGAAAAUAUCAUUUUUAACAUUCUUACCAAUCAUGAAUAUAUAGCUAACAUGUUUGAAAAUAAAGAUUACAUUGCCGUCAAUGUGUUUGACGAUUCAGUCAGAAAGCGGAGCUUGAAGCGGCAAUGGAAUCAAUUAUCGAGAUUUCAAAAGAAUCUAGUUGUUGUCAUAGUAUUUGGAGGCAUCUUGCUCUGUGGAUUUUUGCUGUAUCAACGUCAGCUAUUGAAAGCAAAUAGUCUGGAUGCUUUCUCAUCUGAACACGUCAAAUCUAUGAAGACGAAUGUUGUCGACACUGAUAAGAUUCAAAUCGUUCCUUUCAAAGAAGACAUUUCAUCCGUUCGUAUGAUUCAGAAUGAAAAUCAACUUCCAAGUGCUGAUGAAUGGGUACAAAAUGCAGUUGAUAAUAAUCAUGAUACAAAAAAUUCGAUUGACAAUCCUCAAGAUAUCAUAAAUGGUGAUAUUGAGUCCGAUAAAUCUGAGGUCAAACGAGAUAUUAAUAAUGAAAAUGAAGACACCAAAACCCGUGGCAUGUCCUUUAAGGGUCCAAUGAAUGAAAGACAGCAAGCUGUAGUCAACGCUAUGAGACAUUCAUGGACGGGUUAUAAAACCUUUGCUUUUGGCCAUGAUAACUUGAAGCCAAUAAGUCAAACUUACAGCGAUUGGUUUAGCCUCGGCCUUACAAUCAUAGAUUCUUUAGACACACUCUAUAUCAUGGACAUGCAAGAGGAGUAUCAAGAAGCUAGGAAAUGGGUUGAAGAAUCGUUGAAACUAGACGUAAAUCGAGAUGUCAAUUUAUUUGAAGUAACAAUUCGUGUGUUAGGAGGCUUAUUAUCCAUAUAUCAUUUAUCUGGAGACGAAAUUUACAUGACAAAAGCUUUAGAGCUUGGAAAAAGACUUAUGCCAUCAUUUGACUCGACCAGUGGAAUUCCAUAUUCAGACGUUAAUUUAUUCUCAAUGCAAGCUCAUUCACCAAAAUGGUCGCCUGACUCAUCAACUUCCGAGGUCACAACAAUACAGUUAGAAUUCAGGGAUUUAUCAAGAAUCUCGAAUGAUCCAACAUUCGAAAAUGCAAUAACUCGAGUUAGUGAAAAAGUACAUGAGCUUCCAAAAACGGACGGUCUUGUUCCAAUUUUUAUCAACGCAAACACAGGAAGUUUCAGAAGCUUUUCUACAAUAUCACUAGGCGCACGCGGCGAUAGCUAUUACGAAUAUUUAUUAAAACAAUGGCUGCAAGUCGGAAAAAUACCUGAACAUUAUUUCAUUGAAGAUUACAAGGAAGCAAUAAACGGUGUAAUUAAGCACUUGAGACGGAAAACUCCUAAUGAACACCAUGUGUAUGUUGGUGAAUUGAUCAGUGGAAAGGACUUUAAACCAAAAAUGGAUCAUUUAACAUGCUAUUUACCUGGAACUUUACUACUCGGCCAUAAAAAUGGCAUGCCACAAUCUCAUUUUACUUUAGCAAAUGAACUGCUCGAGACAUGCUACCAAACAUAUAUUAAGCAAGCGACUGGUCUGGCACCUGAAAUAACAUAUUUUAAUUUAGAAGGAGAAAGUGCGACUGAUAUUUAUGUAAAAGCAAACGAUGCACAUAAUCUCCAGCGACCAGAAUUUAUUGAGAGUCUUUAUUAUUUCUAUGUGAUAACAGGUAAUAAAACUUAUCAAGACAUGGGAUAUAAAAUAUUUGAAUCAUUCGAGAAAUAUACGCGCGUAAGUCAUGGAUAUACGUCAAUAUCAAAUGUAAAGACACCGAAUAAUGUUCGUCCGAAAGACAUGAUGGAAACAUUCUGGCUCGGAGAGACAUUAAAAUACUUUUAUUUGCUGUUUAGCGACGAUCGUAAUGAAAUUGACCUGGACAAAUUCAUUUUUAAUACUGAAGCACAUGUAAUUCCAGUGCGUGAGAAUUAAUUUAAAACAAUCAAUAUUGUUCCAAUUUAAAAAACAUUUUUUUCGACUUUUUAUUAUGUUCAUUUUUUGAAAGAAAGUUAUGUUUGUUAAUGAUAUAUGUCAUGUGAGGAUGUUCACAUGUGAGACAUUAGUUCUAUGCAAUAGGGAAAAUGAGUUAUACAAUAUUUAUGUGUGUUUUUGGACGAGAUUAGGGAAUGCUAUUAUGUAAAAAAUAUACAGAGACACUGAAAUUAUGAUUGAUAGCUAUAUUAAGGACUAUUUUGUUAAUUUAUAAAUAUACUAGCGAAGUUUUUGGAUAAUUCACAUAUAAAGAGGCUUAUUAAGCUGUAAUAUAGCUGAUUUAUCUCUUAACAGGCGAAUUCAGCUAAAAGAUGGCUUAUUCAGCUCCUUUUUGGCUAAUCCAGCUGUAUUGUUGCUGAUUCAGCAGUUUUGUGGUUAAUUCAGCACUCUUCAGCUCAUUCAUUAUCUAUUCAGCUGAAUAAAAGAAACUAUUCAGCAAGUUCAAAAACGUUUGAUCAAAUUCAGCAUUUAUUUGAGUGAUUCAGCACAAUUCAGCAACUUUUGAUGUAGACUAGAUUCAAACGGUUAUCAUGAUAAUUCAGAUAGCUAGCUUUAGAUUUUUGCACAAUAUCUGUACAAUUCUUUUGAGUACCUUGCGUGAUUAGUCGUCUUUAUCGUCGCUAGAGACAUAGUUUUCCAGCUCAUUACCCGGAAUUUUAGUUGAACUAAUAAUUCUAGAUCGCCUAUCAAUUACUAGCGAUGCACACUCGUUUCAAAAACACGCAUAAAUAUUGAAUUUAUAUAUUAAAAAAAUCAUACACUUAUGAUUGUGAUUUUAGAAGUUAAAGAAUCCUUAAUUAAUUUUUUUUCCAUAGAUAGAACAAUGAAUGGCUUAAAGAAUUACCAAAAUAGUAAUUUAAGUAUUUAAAAAAAAGAUGAAAAAUAUAACUAUGAUAAUUUCUAACACAAAAAAUAUGGAAAGUGAGAUAGAAAACUUAAUUAUGAGAUGAUAUUAAGACACUUUGUUGUUAAAUCAAAAGAAAAAAUGGCAUUUUAUUAGAUUUUAUAAUUUAGCAAUACAUACCAUUAAUGUUAAUUCUCAAUGUUUCAGUUUAUAUAUAUUUUUUGCCUAUGUCUAG